AUGAGCACCUACGACACCUACCGCGGCCUCGCCAUCGGCUACAUCGUCGCCAUCGUCGUCUGCGUCCUCUUCUUCUUCGUCAUCGUCCCCAUCGCCGGGUGCAUCUUUUACAAGAAGCGCAAGUCCCGCCUCGCCGCCAGGAAUCGCGCUGCCCAAGCCGCCGCCCAAGCUGCCGCCCAGCGCAAUGCCGCCGCCGCCCCGCCCGCCUACCCUAUGGUGAAUUACGCCCCCGUGCCCCCGGCCCCGUCCAAGACACCCGUCCCGCCCCAAAACACCGAGUUUGGCGGCUACUACGCUCACGACGGCGGCCUCGUCCACGAGAUGCCCCAGCCCGGACAGCAGUCCUACGCCGAACAAAUGGCCCAGCCCGUAAACUACGUCCAUGAGCAGCCCUACAUCCAGGCCGCCGAGCAAAGGCAACAGCAACAACAACAGCAACAACACGUUCAGCACCAGCAGCCCUCGUACCAGCACCCGCAACAACCGCCGCCUAACCAGCAGCAGCAGUUCCACGGUUAA